AUGUCGACCUUCCCUCCCCCACCCCCCGCCGCCGCUAGGAGCCCCCUCACCAGGGUGCGCCUCGACGACCUGGCCCCGUUCGACGGCGCCUCCACUCCGGCCUACGCGCGCGCAGUCCACGCCGUCGCCGCUUCCCUCACGCGCCACGGCGCCGCCGCCGUCGAGCUCCCUGCAGCGGACGCCGCUGUCGUCCGCUGCGCCCUCGAGUCCGCCCGUGGCUUCUUCCGCGUCCGCCCCGGCCUCUAUGUCUACCGCGCCGGGAGGGCUCUGGAUGAUGGAGAGUUGUCACCUACUUGCAUGGCUGAUGCUUUCAGAUGUUUGGGUAAGGCUGCCCGUGCUGCUCUCUGUGCAAUAGCACGGAACCUUCGUUUACGUUCAGAUGCUUUCAGCCAUUUGCUUGAUGACAACCCAUUGCCUCUUGAUGAGGUUUCAGCUUCAGAAUUGAUGGUGUCAUUUUCUCAUGGACACCCCCAAAGCAGCCAAGCACCUAUGGUGGGCCUCAGGUCAUCAAUGGCUGAAGUUGAUAGAGGUUUUGUUACACUGGUUGCUUCUGACCAUCCAGGAAUUGAGGUUUGCAACCCAAAUGGUCAUUGGUACCCAGCAGAUGCAGGCUCAAGCCCUGAUGUCCUAUUGCUUUUGACUGGAAGAGCCUUGAGUCAUGUUACUGCUGGUCUACAGCUAAAUUCUCAGUACAGGAUCACUAAUAAUGGAAACAGGGCAUCACUCAUGUUUAGGCUGAUGCCUCGUGCCAAUGCUAUAUUGGACUGCUCUCCAAUUUCAGCUGCUGGGCAUUGCAUACCGCAGAUCCACCGGCCCAUAUCUGCAAGCCAGUUUAUGGAUGAUUUGCGUGCUGAAGAGAAUGUUUACCAUCACUUGGAAGCACCACCUGAAUCACAGGGAAACUUUGUUAAUGAACCAUCGCUCAGAAGUGUACUAUCAGACCCUUUGUCUGGGGCUUUUCUUGAAGAUGCUAUGGUUCUCUCAUGUGGGCACUCGUUUGGUGGCCUCAUGCUGAAGAAAGUUCUUGAAAUGGCAAGGUGCAGCAUUUGCAACGGAGAAGUUGAUGAGGCCUCCUUGUUUCCUAACCUUGCUCUAAGAGCGGUAGCUACAGUGGUGAAGAUGGAAGACGAUAGGAGGCUCUUUCAUAACGCUGCUCUUCGAAAGCGCCGGAAAGAAGUGACUGAGCAUAUGGACGCCCAAAGGCGAAAUGGAAGUAGCAAGGACAGUAUUGAGCUGGGGUUAGAUGCUGAAAGCCCUAGAGCGUUCAAGGGGGUGCAGUACCCGUUUGUGGCGGGUGAGAGAGUCGUGAUCAUGGGAAAUAAAAGGACGCCUGAUAAAUUCGUUGGGAAGGAGGCGGUGGUGACAUCACAGUGCCUGAAUGGCUGGUACCUUGUGAAGGCAGUUGAUAGCGGAGAAAGCAUACGGCUGCAGUACAGGUCGCUGAGGAAAGCGGGGGAGCUAAAGGAAGCUGAUGGUGUCGUGUUUUAUGACCGUGUCUUUGUGCCUCUUCCCCAAGUCUUGGUUGAAGCUGCUUAUAAAUCGACUACCCUGAUUAGUGCAGUGCUUGACCGCCGGCGCCGGCCGCAGAACGUGGCCGGCGACUUCUUCGUCGACCAGCGCUGCAUCGACUGCCAGACCUGCCGAUGGAUGGCGCCAGAGGUGUUCAAGAGGGUGGAUGGCAAGGCCGCCGUAGCGACACAGCCCAGUACCGAGGAGGAGAGGACCAAGGCCCUGCAGGGGCACUGCUCUCCUGUCCAACAUCCUCAAUUCACAGAGAAACCUCCAAAAGACAUCCUCCAAGUGCAAAACAUGUUUCCUCUACCAAUCGACGACAAACUACUCCCAACCAUCCAGGUCCAGGAAACAAGCAGCACCAACGAGUCGAAGCUGCGCCUGAAGUGCUUUGGGAUGGACGAUACAAUUCUCAAGACUCAUUUGGGGCAACAUCGUACCUGCCCAAGGUAUACUCAAAAACUGGCGAACAAUAUUGAAAAGCUUGGUGGAGCGCGCUACAUGUUUUUGACCCACAUUGAUGAUGUGGCGGAUCACAGGAAGUGGGCUGAGCGGCUAAAAUGUGAAAGAAUAAUUCAUUCAGAAGAUGUGGCGGAGGCGUCUGCAGAUGUUGAGUGGAAACUUGAUGGAAAUGGGCCAUGGAACAUCGGAACAGAUUUUGAACUUAUCCAUACGCCAGGCCACCCCAUGAGCCUUCAGCUGGAAAGCAUCAGGAAACUAUUGGAGGUAGAAUUCGAGUGGCUUUUACCUGGACAUGGCUACCGAAUCAAGUACAAAGAUGUACAGGCCAAGAAUGCAGCAAUGGAGACCCUCAUAGCUAACUACACAAGCUAG